AUGAGCGAACAUUAUGAAACGGAUCUUAAGGAUAUAAGGGCUGGGGGUGUGGAUUUGAUUAUCAAGCGCACAAUGGGGACUUUUGUAAACUCGAACGGGACGUAUGCGUGCUCUUCGCUGUGUCCCCAGGAAUACAUCUCACCCCAGGGAUCCUGCAGACACCCGCGGCUGGUCGAACUUCCGGGGCAAUGCUGCAGAGAGUGGAUGUGUGACAGCGUAGCAGCUCAACACCCACCGGACUGCAGACAGGAAUAUUCGCAAUGGUCAGCGUGUUCGAGUCCUUGUGGCGUUGGUCUGUCCCACCGGGUUUCAAACCUGAACCCUCAGUGCCGGCCCACCAACGAAAGUCGCCUGUGCCAGCUGCGGGCGUGCGAAGACGAGAUACUGGUGGUGCCACGCGGCCACGCCAGACACCACCACGUCCGGAAGGGUCACGAAUGUAAGGCCACGCAGAGAGUGACAGGUCCCGUGAGGUUGCGGUUUGGACCCUGUCGAAGUAGGAAGAGGUACCGCCCCAAAUUCUGCGGCAGCUGCCCCAGAGUAUGCUGCAAACCGCAGCUCAGCACCACGAUCAAAGUUGAGUUCCACUGCGAGACUGGCAGCGCUACUGAAGACGAGAGAGACAUACUUCUGGAUCUGGUUGAACCAGGGACAGACCUUUGGUGGCCGGAGGUAGACAAGGAAGAACAUUACCGCUACUUUUACUACGACCGCGAACCAGCGAGAAGGCCACCAUGGAGGGAUGGGGACUCCGGACGGAGCCUGGAAUUCCGACAGCACCAGGGUCCUGAAGGCUUGAGGAUGUACCGUAAAGUUUUCUUUGGCGUUCAGUGGAUUUUGAAGUGCCACUGCGCGGGAUCGUGCAGUGAGGAGGUAACACUCCCCGAGCAGGAGAUAUCUCUGGCUACUGCAAGACCCACGAAUGGGGAAGGUGAGGUGAUUCUGCACAGAGUUCACAGAACUGCGGCCCCCUAAAGCUCGCACAGCCCUUGUGAUAGCAACAGAAACAAGGCUUGACGCUCAGUGAUGCUGUAUGGUGUCAGGAAGCAUGGUGAGGUCAGGAGAUUGUGAGGGUCCCGAAAGGAAAUCUAUAAUUUUUUGUCAGGGAAUGUCAACCCUCAUAUUUGACUACAAUCUCUAGUCGUAUUUCUAUUGAACCAGACACCAGUCUUGUAUUUUUGGGGGCAGAUUUUUUUUUCCCGUAUAUUUAUAACAUUUUCCGCAUUUAGUAAAGUAUAUGUAUUUGUCAUAUAUCCCAUGCUUGUCACAAGUCUCACCCAUCUCGCCUCAGUUGUCGUAUGGCUGUUCAAAUUUGUUAGUUUUGUAGGCACUUGUAAUGCAUUCAAGUAGCUCUCUACGACACAUAAGUUUCCGUAACCCAUUUCCAUAAUGGGUUUUCUCUUUCUGUCAUCACAGCAUUGUUGUUGUUGCAUUGUUUACAAUACGCAAUCCAAAAACUUCGGGGUAACUGUUAACAUUUUGAAGACAGUUAAUGGCUGAAUCUAAAGCCAUAUUUUAUUACGUAUUACACGGAAGAGAAUAAGUUUGUCUGUAAAUCAAGUCAAAAUUUCACUUGUAAAUUAUAAUCACAUAAGAAUUUAAUAAUCUUGAAGGCGAACAGAAAUUUCUCACUUUGUGAUUUCCUCCGCAGACCGUCAUGCAUCACCAGAGAGAUGAACUGAAUAAAAGGGUUUACAAUUUUUAUAUUAAUCAUGGAUACAGUUCAUACACCGAAAGACAAUGGAAUUACAUAUCUUUUCCUUCCCUUAUAAAGGGCAAGCUAUUUCGAAUUUUGUCUUGUUAAGUAGCUUUCUGUCAGAGUGUGAAGAGGACCUCGCUUGUCGGGCCUGCCCUGCCCUACAUUUUUGGUAUGGCAGCUUGGAUAUUUUUCUGUCACGUGUAUUGUUUAAUUCAGUAUUUUUAUGACAAUGGGAGAAUCCACUUAGGCAAAUCUUCUACUAUUAAUAUAUGAUAGUUCGGAUGACAGUUUAAUCCCGCUUAGAGAGACGCGCUGUGGUUACUAUGGCAACGAGCUUGCUUUUGAUAUACAUUUAUUAAGUAACCAUGGAGACACUGAGCAAGAAACAAAUACUUUUGAAUACGUGAAAGUAUUUAUCUGCUUGACUUGGUAUAUUACGUCUGAUAUUUAGUGAAACAUUUUUAAAUGUGCAAUGAGAUUCUUGAAUUUACCUCCUGAUUAACAAAAAUAAAGUAACGCCUUAUAUACACAAAUUUGUUUUAAAAAAUUGAAGCCAUAUUAAGUCUCAAAAUGGAUAGACUGUUUUAAUAUUUCAAAUGAUUCUUUUAUAAAUUGACAGAUAAAAUUUGAGAUAUGUUCUAAUCAAUGAACCGAUGGAAUAAUUUGAAAAAUCGGAUUUCCCCAAUGUAAUGCUUUAUUUAAAAUGUAAUUACGUUGAAGUGAAAAACUUGUGGAGAAACUGUAACACCAACUCCAGCUCCAGCUUGGCAGGUUGGAGCUGACUGACAAUGCAUUUUACCUCUUUGGUCCCGCUGUGUUCCAGAGUAUGGAGUACCGCUGAACUACGAAAGUAGAAAUUAUUUUUUCAAAGUGUUAGCCGGGCU